AGUGGUGGUGGCGGUGGUGGUGGUGGUAGUCGUCGCCGUCCAACGCAUGUGACCGUGUGUGUGUGUGCGCGCGCGUGUGUGCCCGUAUGUGUGUCUGCCGCGUCUUUCUCGCUCGCUCCUCGACGCUCGCGACCUUCUCUCCUCUCCCGACGGCGCGAAUAUAUACUAUAUAAAACAUACUAACGUAACGUCGUAACCGCCGUCGCGCGGGUUAGUCGUUGACCGGCGUUGUAAUUGUCGUGACGUGUGUGUGUUCGACGGAAAAUGCUUAUCAGCACCAGUGGCUGCACGACUAUUAUUAUUAUUAAUAACAACUUGUCCGGUGUUCCUCAUCAACACGUGCAAUGAUCACCAGCGGUCUCGUGGUGGACGGCGUUGGCCACGGACUCCAGGCCCAUUUGCCGUAUAACCACCAGGCUGUCCAUAGCCACCACCGUAUGUCAUAUGUGGAACCGUCGGCAUACAUGAAAUCGGUGGGGCCGCCGCCGCCUUCGCCGCAACAACAACAACAACAGCAGCAACAGCAACAGCAACAGUCUUCCGAGCUGCCAUCCACGCCAGAGUUCCUGCGGCCGUUGCCGAAACCGGCGCCCGUGAACCCCCUUAAGGCGCCUAGGGCGUCGUCAAAGUACCCAGUGGAUUGCCGUCCGGUAAACCUGACGGCCCCCAAAGAACCGUUGCCGCCGCCGUCGGUCGACCACCACAUCAGGUUGGACGACCGGCACCAUCCAUACCCGGUGUACGGACAUCCCCGGCUCUACGUCAGCGCGACGCCGUACCACCCGUACCAUACCAUGCACCAGCCGCCGGCGCCAUACGGUGUGUACACUAGCCCGUACGCGCCCGUCAUACCGCGGGAUACCAGACACCAUCUGAUGCAGCCGCCGCAAGAACGAAGGUACCCGAGUCCACCGAACAAGAACGGCGGCGGUGUUGGCGUCGGUAGUCAGGCUAGCCCGUCGUCGUCGCCUCCUGAACAGUUCAAAGUUCCAAACGGUAGGGACAAUAAACCACCCCUGCAGCUGCAACAGCAGCGAAUACUACCGCCUCCCCAACCGGCCACUACAGUAGCCACCGCGCCCGCCGUCAACCACAACAACAACAUCAACAAUAACAACAAUAACCACAUAGGCGCGGCCUCUGAACCUUCGCCAAAGAAACCGCGACGCAACUCGCCGGAGCCGCUGUCGCCACCGGCGGCCAAGACGUCAAACUUCACCAAAGGUUCGCUGAUACGGUUGGCCAACGGCAAUAUAAAAAAGGUCGAAGACAUGAGGACCGAAGACUUUUUGAACUCUGUGGAAAACAGUGACCUGCACAGGAUCGAUCCUAGUACGGUGGUGAGAAUCGAACCCGUGACGGAUUCGGCGGUCAAAGGCAACAUAAAGAUCACACUUAGCUACGGCGACCAAAGAAAUCAUCAGAUCGGCAGCGACAACAAAAAGAUGAGUUCCGCGGCGGCCGUUGCGGCUGCGGCGUCCAAGUCGCAUCAGGUGGAAAUGGAGAGCGGCGCAGAACACCCGUACUUCGUGUUUGGCCGGGGCUGGGCGUCGUGGAGCCCGGCCAAGACGCUGGCCAAGUAUGGACUGGCGUGCCAGCGGCUGCAGGUGGGCGACGUGUGCGUGUCUCUGACGAAACGGUCGUCGGCGGUAGCCUCGGACUCGACAACGACCACGACCCCGGCAACGCCACCGCACGGAAAACGACGGCAGCAGCACAACGCCUCUGUGGCCGUACAACAGCAGCAGCAGCAGCAACAGCAACAGCACCACAAUCAUCAGCAACAAAACCUACAUCAUCUCCAUCAGCACCAUUCGGCUGCUGUACAAAAAGCUCAGCUGCAGCUGCAGCAACAGUCCGCGGAAGACGACAAGAUCAGCAGGAACAAGAGACGGUGGUCCGCCCCCGACCCGGAACCCGGUACUUAAGAUCACGACGGUUGACAAGAAGAAGACGACGACAAAUCUCUGUGCCUAAAUGUUUUUUUUUCCGCGUCUCGGUCCCUCUCAAAUUGUAUAAACUUGUUUGUAUACAUAAUAUUUCAUGCUAUCGUUCGCGUCAAUUUUUGUAUAAUAUUUAUUAAUAUAAAAUAUUUGUACGCACGAGAUUUUACGGGACAAAAACGACGUCAAAAAAAAAUCUUCUAGUCCCCUACCCCACCCUCCUUUUUUUCUUCCGUCAACGGUGUGACAUAAAUGUUUCGUAUUGUUUUUUUUUUUUUUUUUGUUCACUUUUAUAUUGUUUUCGCCAUGUCCAACCCGAAUCGAAUCGAUUCCAUAUAGUCUCUCGCGUGGUGGUGUUUAGUUUGACAUUUUUUAGACCAUCGUAUGUGUUGUGUUGGUAGUUGGUGUGUAAUGAUUCCCAACUUGGCAGUUACUUUUACUCCAAUAAAAUGUGUAAUCGUAAUAAGACUGAAAAUUCUUGGAAGGUUUCGAGAGAUUGUUUUGCAUAUUUCGAACACUCGCGAUACAAAAGUUUAUGGGUAGGUGCAUUAAUAAUUACUACCACGCGAUGUUUGACCAGUGAGGAACAGGGCAGAAAAAACUAAAAAAAAACAAAACCUAAUGAUAAACUAAAGGAUUCACUCGUUUUCUCUCAAUGUUGUAAGACAUAUUAAAAUAUAAUUUGUUAUGUGUAAAAAUGAGAAAUACCUAUUUUUAUCAUCGUUAUUUUGUUAAAAACUCAAACAAAAAUUUAGAUACAUGUUAUACAUUCACUAUUAAAAGUCUAUAAAAUGUAUUUUUUUUUUCGGAAAAAACAAUGUAAAAAUCAAUACCUAUAUUUCGUGUUUAAUUAUCUAUAAUAAUAUGUAAACCACCUUUUAAUAUUAAUACGCUUAAAACUUAAAUGCCAUACAUUACGUGUUAUUAUUAUGUAUAAGUUUGCAGUAUUUCAAAAGCUCUAAAUUUAUUUCUGGAUAGAAUGAUCUCAUCGCGCGUAAAUGAACAAAUUUUUUUCAAAAAAUUUUAAUUUCUCCUGUCUUUCUAAAUUAAAAUUUUUACGCAUGUGAUAUUUUAAAAGUGAGGUGGAAAUGACCUUUUGAUUUUAUAUUAAAAUAAUUAUAACUUAAAAUAAUAUUACUAUAUACGAACAUUUGACUCUCAAGACUAUAGUUAAAAAAUAAUAUAUUUUUACUAUGAUAAUUUUCUUUUAAUUAUUAAUUAUAUACUUAUAACUAUUUUUGUUAAAAAUCUGAUAAGUUGAAGAGACUGACAAGUACAUGAUAAUCGCGGUUGAGUAUAACCACUUAAUUAUUAUAUUUUUUCUCUCAGGUCUAAAGACUGUAGAUGUGAAAUUCUUUUUACCUCUCAACGAUAUGAUAUUUAUUUAUUUAUUUUUAGCCCAUGCUUUUUCAUGCACAUAUCCUCAUUUUGCCUAAUGUAUAAAUUAUAAUAUUUAAACGUAUUGAUGUAUGAUUGAAAAUAAAAAUUGCCGAUUUGUAUUUAUUUUAUUGCAUAAAGUGAUACAAGAAUGGCAAUAAUACUUUGAGUUUA